AUGUUAGCGUUUAUUAUCAAUUGCUAUUUCCACAUGUACAAUAACAAUACAGAUCUGUACUAUAUAUGCCGACAUCCCAGAGCCUUAUUUCUCAUCCUACUUAUAUUAAUCAUGACAGUUGAAAACAAAUAUUCCACAACUUUAUUACAUGAUGGCCCAGCAUUUUCCAAACCUACAGUGGACAAAAUUGAACCACUACAAUUCACUUUGAAAAAUGCAGAUAUUAAAGCUACCGCAUUUCCAAUUUUCAAACAAUCUCAAUUACCUAAGAAACUUUUAACUUUAAUGAAAAAUGAAUUUAAUAAAGAGAUUGAAAAUGGAGAUACAUACCCACAAUUGGAGCAAUUAUCUGAUGAUGAGUUCGCUCAUUAUUGGUUACAUUCUUUCUGUGUCGUGGCAUUAAAGACGGACAAAUUGGAUUUGGACGAAUUAGACGUGGAUGGUCAAGAUUGGGAAGAUUUAUUCUUGGGUACUUUCUAUAUUAAACCAAAUUAUAUGCCAAGAUGUUCUCAUAAUUGUAAUGCUGGGUUCUUGAUCAAUUCCGAGAAGAGAGGGUUGAAAAUUGGGUAUAGAUUGGGUCAAAUCUAUUUGCAAUGGGCUCCAUUGCUAGGUUAUACAUAUUCUGUCUUUAAUUUGGUUUUCGUUACUAAUGUUGGUAGUUGGAAGAUUUGGGAUAGAUUGAAAUUUGACAGAAUUGGAUUGGUUCCUAAAGCAGCUAUAUUAAAGGGACAUGACGAACCUGUCGAUGCCAUUAUUUAUGGUAAAGAUUUGACUAAUAUUGAACCGGAAUUGUUAGAAGACUUUGCAUGA